AUGGCGUACGCUGCUCAUAAAAAUUUUAAGGUUUACCAAAUGGAUGUCAAAUCGGAAUUCUUGAAUGGUAUUCUUCACGAAGAAGUCUACGUGAGUCAGCCAGAAGGCUUUGUUGAUCCACUCAAACUGGAUCAUGUCUAUGUUCUAGAUAAAGCUUUAUAUGGUUUGCAACACGCUCCUAGAGCAUGGUAUGAUGCUCUAACUCAAUUCCUACUGAACUCUAGUUUCAAGAAAGGUAUGAUAGAUACUACGUUAUUUCUUAAAAAGCAAGAACGCCUCAUGGAAUUGACGGAUACACACACCGAGACCCUGCAAAGGGUCGUAAAUCUCAUUCAGAGGGAGGCCGCUUCAUCCUCCAAGGCGACCAAUGACGAACAAGCACUUGUCCCACUGAGCGUCCCUGCCGACUACAUCACCCAGACAGAGAUGAGAGCUCUGGGUGAUCAUCUACUCCAACAGGUGGCUGAUUUCACAUCGGACUUCAAUAACACGGCCAAGCAGGCGGCUGCAGAAAUGCGAUGCUCGCUAGCUGUCUUCAAGUUCUGCGUCGAUGAGGAAAUCAACAAGGCCACCCAAGUAGCAGCUCACAUAGUCGAGCUCUUGGAUACAAAUGUCAAGGCAAUGCCCUCCGUAAAGCUAAACAAAAAGAAGAAGAGGAAGUUGCCAAAGCCUUCCUUUACCUACAGGGAAACAGCAAAGAAGAGGAGGCUUGACGAUGAUGAGGAACCAGACCAGUCUGGCCCUCAAAGUCACCAACAGGGGGCGAAGUAG